ACAAUGGGAGGAGGAGGAGAUGGUCAUGCAAUAGGGAUUGACCUGGGGACAACAUAUUCAUGUGUAGCAGUGUGGGAGAACGGUCAUGUAGAAAUCAUAGUGAAUGAUCAGGGAAACAGGACAACUCCAUCUUAUGUUGCCUUCACUGACUCAGAGUUAUUCGUAGGCGACGCUGCAUUUCACCAGGUCAUUAAGAACCCCACAAACUCAAUCUUUGAUGCAAAGCGUUUAAUAGGUAGGAGAUAUAGUGAUGCCUCAGUUCAAGAUGAUAUUAAACUCUGGCCAUUCAAGGUUAUUGAAGGUCCUGCUGAGAAGCCAGCGUUUGUAGUUAUCCACGAGGGUGAGGAGAAACAGUUUUCUGCUGAAGAAAUUUCAUCUAUGGUUAUUGCAAAGAUGCGGGAGACUGCUGAGGCCUAUCUUGGCUCGCCAGUGAAAAAUGCAGUUAUCACUGUACCUGCCUACUUCAAUAACUCACAGCGUCAGGCUACACAUGAUGCUGCAGUCACUGCUGGCCUAAACGUGAUGCGUAUGAUCAACGAACCAACUGCAGCAGCCAUUGCUUAUGGACUCGACAGAAAGGGCGGCUGGUAUAGCAAGAGAAGUAUUAUGAUAUUUGAUUUCGGUGGUGGUACAUUAGAUGUGUCAUUGCUCACCAUAGGUGAUGGUAUAUUUGAAGUGAUGGCUACAGCUGGAGACACUCACCUUGGCGGUGAAGAUAUUGAUGACAGAAUGGUGCGCUAUUGUGUUGAGAAAUUCAAGAAAAAGCACGGUGAAGACAUCACUGGAAACUCUAGAACUCUUAGAAGGUUAAGAAAUGCAUGUGAGAAGGCAAAGAGGAGACUCUCAUUCCAGUCUGAAGUUGACAUUGAAAUCGAUUGUUUGGAUUUCUAUACGACUAUCACUCGAGCCAAGUUUGAACAACUCAAUAAAGACUUGUUUGCCAAGUGCAUGGAGCCUGUGAAGAAGUGUUUAACUGAUGCUAAAAUGGAGAUAACGAGUGUCCAUGAUGUUGUUCUUGCGGGUGGCUCUUCUAGAAUUCCCAAAGUGCAACAACUAUUACAAGACAUCUUCAAAGGGAAGGAGCUGUGCAAUGGAGUUAAUCCAGAUGAGGCAAUCGCCUAUGGAGCUGCGGUUCAUGCUGCGGUUCUGAAAGGGCAUGAAGAUCGAAAACUUCAGGGUUUCGCUCUCUUGGAUGUCACCCCUCUAUCAAUCGGGCUGGAGAGUUACAAACUUGAUACACUGGAGACAUACAUGAAUGUCGCGAUACCAAAGAACACUAGAAUACCUGUUUUCAAGAGGAAAAUUAUAACUACUAUUUAUGACAACCAAACGUCGAUUACAUUACCCAUAUAUGAGGGUGAGAGCAGAGUGGCCACUGAGAAUAACUUUCUGGGCGAAUUUGCCCUCGAGAACAUUUAUCAAGCUCCAAAAAAUGUUCCAAAAUACAAUGCUUGCUUUGAUAUUGAUGCAAGUGGUAUCCUUCGUGUCUCCGCUGAAGACGUGACUACUGGGCAGAGGAAAGAGAUUACGAUCAACAGAGACAGAAGAAAUUUGGGAAUUGAGAAUGUGAGGAUUGGUGACAGUCGAUAG